AUGGACUUUCAUAAAAUAGAUUCUGAUCACUGUGAGGUUAUCUGGAACAACUUAGAACUAAGGAACGAUGAAGGAAAGCGAAUAAUAUCAAAUACAUCAGGAGGCAUACGUUCAAAUACAAUAACAGCAAUUAUGGGGCCAAGUGGGUCUGGAAAGACAUCGCUUCUCAGCAGCAUAGCUGGAGGAAACAUGCCAGGAAUGAUCUUAAAUGGCGAAAUCAAAAUAAAUGGGCUAGAAAGAGAUCCAAAAACAUGGCCCAGACUCGUUUCUUAUGUUAGGCAGCAGGUGCAUUGCUAUGAGUGGCAGACAGUUUAUGAGACGCUUUAUUUUGUGGCCAAAAUCAAAUGCAAAGACCAUUCUGAUAUUUCUGGAAAAGUUGAAGAGCUAAUCAACCUACUGGGACUUACGUCCUCAAGAGAUACCUUCCUGAUAAAUUUGAGCGGCGGCGAGAAGGUAAGAGUAAGCAUUGGGAUUGAGUUGCUUGGGGAUCCGCUAGUAAUUUUGCUAGAUGAGCCACUUUCUGGCCUAGACUCCUUCAACGCUUUGAACAUUCUAAUGCUCCUCAAAAGGAUAGCCAAUCUCAACAAGGCCAUUUUGAUCACAAUCCACCAGCCGUCGUACAAAAUGGUUGAAUUUUUUGAUUCAAUCAUUCUUAUGUGUCAGGGCACAAGCGUAUUUGAAGGUACAGUUUCUGGCUGCAUACAGUUCUUUGAGGACUGUGGAUUUGAGGUACCUCCAAAGGCCACACCAACGGACUUCUUCUUAGAUGUUCUGGCACUGGAUACACGGACUGAAAAGCUACACGAGGAGUCCCAGAAGAGGAUUCAAAUUAUAAUAAAGGAGUGGAACUUUAUCAGACAGCCUAAAGAACCUGCAGUUCUAACGAAAAUCAAGACACCCAAGGAGUAUUCUACGGGGACUCGCUAUACAAUACUCCUUGCCAGGUCUAUUCAGAACUACUACCGGAAUUUUAACUAUCUAAAAGUCAAAAUAUUCCAAAAGCUUUUUACUGCGUUCAUAUUUGGCAGUACGUUUUUCAACACUGGAGUGAUUGGUGCGAACAUUUUCGCCUUCCGAGGGAUCCUCACGUUUAUCUGUCAAAGUGAGCUGUUUGGAGUAAGCAAUCCCAUUAUGAAUCUAUUUAUUGAAGAAAAGAAGAUAAUCAGCAGGGAAAGAAUGUCGGGAUUGUACACAGGAUUUGAGGCGUAUUUUUCCAAGUUCCUCACCGAGCUUCUAUUCAAUCUUCUCUACAGCAUGCCAUACAAUAUUAUUGUAUAUAUGUUUAUUGGGCUCCGAAUGAACCUGAAGACUAUGCUUGAGUUUCUUUUUAUUAUCUUUUCUAUACUCUGCUAUGCCAUAUCCUGGGGAUUAACGAUCGGCACACUAGCAUCUACCACGCAGUCGGCCCAUGCGCUUGGAGUAACGUUUACCGUUGCAUUUUUCCUUUACAGCGGAGCCUUUUCCAAUCCGCAGUCACAUCCCCAGUUCCUCAGAUGGCUCUUUUGGCUUUCGCCUAUUCAUUACGGAUACAGGGCACUAGUCCACAAUCAGCUAUCGGGAAUUGAAGAUCCAGAAAAUACAGAUUUUUUGAAGGUGACCGGCGAAAGAACAAUUAAAAACUUUGGAAUGGACGGGUUUGGAGUGCUUCCAUCUGUCUUGGCACUGUUUUUGUUUACAGCUUGUCUUCAGAUGGUUGGAUCAACUGUCCUACAUCUAAGAACAUCCAACAAUCUUAGGAUAUUAAAGAGAGCCAACCAGACAGUUUAA